UGCCAGUGCCACUUUCCCAUGUGCUCAAAAUCAGCACCCUCGAACUCACUGAAUAACUCGGUUAACCCUUACUACAGCUCACCGUUUCCUAGAAAAAAAAACCCAUUGUUUUUUCUUUGUCUUUAUAGCAAAGAAGAUAAGAUAUACCCUAAAAAGCUCUUUUUUCGGGGGUGCAAAUAGAGAGAUCUAAUGGUAUCUGGGUCACCAGAUUUACAGGUUUCUUUCUUCUUCUUCUUCUUCUUGUUUGUGGUGAGUUCUUUUGCAGGUGACCCUUAUGUGUUCUAUGAUUGGACUGUUUCUUAUAUCACAGCUUCUCCUCUUGGUGAUAAACAACAGGUGAUUGGGAUCAAUGGACAGUUUCCUGGACCGAUCCUCAACGUCACUACAAAUUGGAACGUAGUUGUCAAUGUGAAGAACGAUCUUGACGAGCCACUUCUGUUUACAUGGAAUGGUAUACAACAUAGGAAAAAUUCUUGGCAAGAUGGUGUUUCUGGGACUAAUUGUCCGAUUCCUGCUGGUUGGAACUGGACGUAUGAGUUUCAAGUCAAAGAUCAGAUAGGGAGUUUCUUUUACUUCCCCUCUUUAAACUUCCAAAGAGCUGCAGGCGGCUAUGGAGGAAUCAUCAUAAACAACCGAGCAGUCAUUCCGUUACCCUUUGGGAUGCCCGAUGGUGAUAUUACUAUCUUUAUUAGUGACUGGUAUACUAAGAGUCAUAAGGGAUUAAGGAAAGAUGUCGAGAAUGGAGUUGACCUUGGUGUUCCGGAUGGUAUUCUUAUUAAUGGAUAUGGUCCAUAUCGCUAUGAUCCGACGCUUGUUAAAAACGGGAUUGUUUACCAGAUCAUAAAUGUCGAACCAGGAAAAACGUAUCGCUUUAGGGUUCACAACGUCGGAAUUUCAACUAGCUUAAAUUUCAGAAUUCAAAACCAUAACCUACUUCUCGUCGAGACUGAAGGAUCGUACACAGUUCAGCAAAACUACUCAAAUAUGGAUAUUCAUGUGGGCCAGUCGUACUCGUUCUUGGUUACCAUGGAUCAGAACGCUAGCACUGAUUAUUACAUCGUAGCCAGUCCUCGGUUUGUUAAUUCAUCCGACUGGUCCAAAGUUAAUGGAGUCGCUAUCUUGCACUACUCUAACUCUCAGGGACCUGCUUCGGGUCCUCUUCCUAGUCUUAAUGAUUAUGAUGCAUAUUUCUCAAUGAAUCAAGCACGAUCAAUAAGGUGGAACGUCUCGGCUGGUGCUGCUCGUCCGAACCCACAAGGAUCUUUCAAGUACGGUGAUAUUACCGUGACAGAUGUGUACGUGAUCCUCAACAGGCCUGUGGAGCUUGUAGAUGGAAAACAGCGUACGACCCUUAAUGGUAUUUCGUAUUUACCACCUUCAACACCUUUAAAGCUUGCUCAGCAGUUCAAGAUUCCCGGGGUCUACAAACUUGAUUUUCCAAAUAAACUGAUGAACAGACCGCCGAAACUUGAUACAUCUGUGAUUAAUGGCACUUUUAAAGGUUUUAUGGAAAUAAUCUUUCAGAAUAAUGACACCACAGUUCAAAGCUACCAUCUGGAUGGCUACGCAUUCUUUGUUGUCGGUAUGGAUUUUGGAGUGUGGACGGAGAACAGCCGAAGCACGUACAACAAAUGGGAUGGCGUUGCACGUUCUACCACACAGGUCUUUCCCGGAGCCUGGGCGGCAAUUCUAGUUUCUCUUGACAAUGCAGGCAUUUGGAAUCUCCGAGCGCAAAAUCUCGAUUCAUGGUAUCUAGGACAAGAAACCUAUGUAAGCGUCGUAAAUCCCGAGGUUGACCAAUCUGAGGUUCUGUUGCCGGAAAAUUCUAUAUACUGCGGUAUCCUGUCGUCAUUACAGAAGGAUCAGGCACAGAGAGUUAAUUUUUCCGGUGCAACAUCGAUUUCCGGUUCGAGUAAAAUGGUAUUCAUUAUGUUAAUCAUUGCUUUAAUUGGACAUUCAUUUAGGUAACCAGCAAACUCCAUAAAAUUUGGUGAAUCAACCAUCAAUGGCAAAUGGUAGAUCAGAGAUUUUGUUUGGUUGGCAAGAAAAUUUUAUGGGCAGGAAAGUAAGAUACAAUGUUGUUGCCCUGAAAAUCUUGUACCAUUGUAAAAGUAAUUUUUUAAGAGUAAUUUGACUGUAAAGGAAAUUGUACACUUAAAAGUAUGUCAAAAUGAAAAUUCGAAUUAUAUAGCUUUUUCAAUAA